UUUUCAUUUAUUUUUCUUUUUACCAAAAAUUAAUAAUUUUUUUCCGUAAUCUUUGCUUGUCCGACGCUCACCAAAAUUCUUAAAUUAUGAGAAGUUUGCAAAUUUCGAUAUACACAAGCAAACGAGUUUGCAAACUUAACAAAUAAUUGAAAAAUUUUAAUUUCACUGCAAACUAGUUUGCAAACCAAAUUUUGGUUUGCAAACUUGAGUAUAGACGAUGCAAUUUGAUAGCCAGCAAACCUUGUUUGCAAACAAAUUUCAUCGUCUAUAUCAUGCUUUAGUUGAAAUAAAAAAGCUAAGCGCAAUAUGUUAGCAACUAAGUAAGAUAUGUAAUAUAUAUUUUUCAUAUACAAACUGUAACAUCUAACUAAGCUUGGUAUUAUUGUACUAUGUCGUGAUGUUGUUCCAUUGUUAUUUUUGUUCCACUCGUAUUGAAGUCAAAUAACAUAAUUGACAGAAGUUCAAACGCGUGCAUUCAAUAUUUGUAAACAAAAGUAAAACAUGGUGCGGAAAUUAAAAUAUCACGAACAAAAAUUAUUAAAAAAAGUUGAUUUUAUUUCAUGGAAAGUUGAUAACUAUGGAAAAGAGAAUGCUAUACUUCGUAAAUAUCACAUAAAGAAACGGGAGGAUUACACAAAGUAUAAUAAGUUGUCCAGAGAUGUACGUGAACUUGUAGAAAAAAUUGCUAAGUUAGAUAAAAGUGACCCUUUUAAAAGUGAAGCAGAAGAGAUGCUUAUGAGAAAGCUAUAUAGUAUGGGAGUUGUCAAUUCAACAGAUUUAGAAACGGGGAGUAAAGUUUCGGCUAGCGCAUUUUGUCGUAGGCGAUUACCAGUUGUAAUGGUGAAAACUAAGAUGUCGGAGUAUAUAAAAGGCGCUACAGAUCUCAUUGAACAGGGACAUGUCCGCGUUGGUACCGAAAUGAUAAAGGAUCCUGCAUUUUUGGUUUCAAGAAAUUUAGAAGAUUUCAUCACAUGGGUAGAUGGCUCGAAGAUAAAACAACACAUAAUGAAAUAUAAUAAUAUGCAGGAUGAUUUCGAAUUAUAAAUCAUAAACUGUUUAGAAUUACCUAAUUUUAGUUCGUUAUCAAUGUAAUAAAUUGAAAUUUUGUAUAAUAAAAUAAUAUAUCUAGAUUA